AUGUCACGAAGCCCGAUGCUCAUAAACCAAAUUCCAGCUUCUGAACACCAUGCGAACAUUGAUCCUAUCGGCCAUGCCGUAAACGGAGUGUCCGUUGCCACACAGCCAACAAAAAUUCUCCACACAGAAUCUGCAACAAUGCAGCCAACUACUCCGGAGCCCGAGCUACCUCGACAUGAUGAGAAUCGUGCUUCUAACGGCCUUGGUGUUAGCGAACGGUCUAAUACAGCGCGGCCAACACAAAUACCGCCCCCAGAAUCAACAACCAUGCAACCAAGUGCCCUAGAACAGGAAAUGUCUGAAAAUAAUGACAACAGUGAUUCUAGCAGCAAUGUCAUAAAUGGGACUAGUGCAACACGACAAACACAAAAUACACGCAUGGAACCAGCGACUAUUCAACCCCCAGCUUCAGGAUUCGAGCCAUUCCUAUCGACGAGCUUCGGCUUGCAUGUCUCUGAAUUCGGCCAGACGAUAGUAUCCGGACUUUCUCGACCCAGUGAAGAAGUUCUGGAUUUGUGGUGGGACAAUUGCAACUUCGUUCGGGACGGUUGGUUGACCGCACAAGAAGCAGUAACUUAUCUGGAUCUGUUCUCUCAGUAUUUGGCUCCUUUUUCGUACAUAAUAUCCCAGGACUUCCUCUCGCACAAGAACCAUGGCCAGCUACUCAAAGAAGAUCCGAUGUUGUGCUGCACUCUCCUGGUGAUAUCCUCUCGAUUCUUCGUUCUUCCGGGCCCCGGAGGCUUGUCUCGAAGUCACUCUAUUCAUAAUCACUUAUGGAAACAUUACGAGGUCCUCACCCAUCGCGUUUUGCGCGGGGAGGAAAAUUACUUCGCUGCGAAAUCUCGAGUCUUGGGAGCAAUCGAGAGUCUGAUGUUAAUAUCAGACUGGCAUCCCCGAUCAUUCCAACUUCCAUGUGAUAAUCUCGACUGGGCAGAAACGACGAUGCAUGAAGGUGACCGCCGGAAGAUAAAACAGAGAAAUCGUGAUGCCACGUCAAUACGGUGGCAAGAGGAUGUCUUUGGGCCAAUGUCGCAGUCGACGCGAAAGUCCUGGAGGCUGCUAGGCGUUGCGUUAAAUCUCGCUAGCGAGGCCCGCAUCUUCUCCGAUGAGCCCCUUGUAUCCCUUGGCUUUGAUACUCGGCAGGCUACUCGGUUUCACCGCACAAGAAAACUUCUUUAUAUUUACGUCGCCCAGAUGGCUAGUCGGCUAGGCUGUUCAAGUCUCCUCCCAGAAAAUCUGAACUUCAAUUCGACUUCUAAACCACAAGACAACGAACCAAGGGGCCGAUGGUGGGAUAGUUGGAUGACCUUGUGGCUGGACUUGACGAAACUUAUGAACUCGGCAUUUGUCUGUUUCUCACCAUCAAGGCCUGCUAUGAAGCAGGUAAUCGCGGGGAACUACGACUUACUUCAUCUUGACUGGAUUCCUUCUCUUGCUCAUUGGAACGAGCGGUUCAAAUCUCAGAGUUCAGGUAAGUACAAAUAUCUACAAUCAUCGUCAGUCGCCGGAAACAUGCUUACAUUUCACGAUGAAACAGGAAUGCCCGUUGACCUAGUCUACUUGCUUUCCAUUGAAUACCAUCAUCUCGAAGCAUGCAUCAGCGCCUUGGUCAUUCAAGCGGUUGUUGAACGAGCAGAACCUCAAACCAACGGUCAAUCCGAAAUACCCGAGACGCAUAAUCCUAGGCCAUCUAUGCUCCCAGAUGAUAGAACACUCAUCGACAAGACGGUUUCCGCCUGCUGCGAAGUCCUCAACCUUGCCACGAUUAUGCAGGUAGGAGGAAGAUUGAGAUACACACCUCUGCGAACCCGUCUCUGCAUAAUUUCAGCAUCGAUUCUCCUUUUAAAGGCCAUCAGUCUUGGGGGCCUCUCACAUGACGUCAAAAUCUCGUUGGGAACCUUGGAUCAGUGCAUCGCUGGGUUACGAUCGUGCGGCGUCGAUGAUCUGGAUUACUUGCCUCGGUAUGCCGAGCUCGUUGACAAACACCUGCAACAAUUCCGAGAACAGUUCACCUUGUUGCAAGGUCAGCCUGGUCAGAACCUUGUCGGCAAAGAGCCUUCUAGAGAUGAUUGGGUUGUGCGACCGUUCGAUCUCAGGAUUGCUCCAUGUUCAUCGGAUAGAAAAGCGAUACCAUUAGGGAUCAGUUCAAAUUCUCUGGACUUUUUGUUGGAACUGUUAGAGUCGGGUGGAAAACGAUGGUGCAUUACUUGCCCCUAUGAGCCUAUAGACGCCUUGAUGGCCAAUUGA